UCAAAGAUUGACCAAUAGGUGAGCCAAUACCCUUUCAUGAUGUACACCAGAUGGCGUAUGCUUCCCCACCAUUUCUUUCAGUAGUUCCUGAGUUCUUGAUAGAAACACGUUCUAUAACCUCAAAAGUGAAAAGCUCAUUUUGAUUUUGAUCCUAAUUUUCCAACAGAAGUUCUUGAAUAAGAUGGUGCGAACAUACAAGAAGAAGCAAAAUAAGCCAGAAGUGAGUGAAGAAGACAUCGCCAAAGCAAUGAAAGCAGUCCAGGAUGGAAUAUCAUUGAGAGUAGCAGCAGAUCUAUUUGGGAUGCACUAUUCUGCACUAUUUUAUAGGCUAAAAAAAGGUAAGGUAGGCAGAGACAAUCCUAACAACGAUGGCAUAGACAAUCCUAACAAUGAUGAAUCCAAUAGGCCUACAGCCAACACAUCGAAGUGCUACGGCUCUAAAUACACGACUCAACAAGUGUUCACUGCAGACCAAGAAACCAUGCUUACGAAAUACAUAAUUAAAUGUUCAGAACUGAAUUAUGGGUUGACCUACAGACAAGUUCGACAGCUUGCAUAUGAAUACGCGAAACGCCUGGGCUCAAAAAUACCAAAUAGUUGGGAGGAAAACAAAACUUCUGGAAUUGACUGGUUGAAGAGUUUUAUGAAACGUCAACCAACUCUUACAUUAAGAAAACCUGAAAAUACUAGUUUGGCCAGAGCCACAGCGUUUAACAAAGCAAAUGUCACUGAGUUUUUUGAUAACUAUGAGCGAGCCCUUAAGUCUGGAGAAUUUACGGCUGACAAAAUUUACAAUGUUGACGAAACCGGUGUAUCAACAGUUGUCCAAGCUCCAAAUGUUGUUGCUAAGCUAGGAGCUCGCCAAGUGGGCCAGGCGGUUUCUGGCGAGCGUGGUUCCAUGAUUACCAUGUGUAUGAUUAUUAAUGCUGUAGGAAAUACAGUCCCACCAGCUUUUGUUUUCCCAAGAGCUAAAUUUCAUGACUCAAUGUUGUUUGGUGCACCACCUGGAAGUUUAGGUUUGGUUAACAGUCCUAAAAGUGGAUGGAUGAUUGGUCCCCUAUUUUUGGAAGUACUAAAACACAUAAAAAAGCAUACACAUUGCUCUAAAGAUAACAAAAUCAUUGUGGUCAUGGACAAUCAUGAGAGCCACUGUUCAAUUGAUGCUGUGGUAUAUGCUAAGGAAAAUGGCAUGGUGUUAGUGACUUUUCCUCCUCAUUGCUCUCACCGGCUUCAACCUUUGGCUAUUGAAUCAACAUCAAUAUUAUGUUACUAG